ACCAGGCGUGCCCGGCCGCUGCCAUGCUGGGGACCCGGGGCGGGUGGAGGGCUCUCCGCCGCUGCUUCUCUUCACUGCCGCGGGAGCAGCGGGUUCCGGCGGCUCGGCUGCGGGUCCGGGAGGCGUUGGGGGCCCGGGAAGCGGCGGGCAAAGUGAAGGUGCAGGGCUGGGUCCGCUCCGUCCGAUCCCAGAAGGAGGUUUUGUUCCUGCAUGUAAAUGAUGGGAGCUCUCUGGAAAGCCUCCAGGUGGUUGCUGAUCCCAGUCUGGAGUGUAGAGACCUGACUUUUGGAAGUGCAGUGGAAGUGCAAGGGAAACUGGUCAAAAGCCCUCACAAGAUGCAAGAUGUGGAGCUGCAAGCUGAAGCCAUUCACGUGGUGGGACCUUGUGAUACUUUGUCAUUCCCCUUCAAAAUAAAGGAGAGGCACCCACUGGAGUAUGUCCGACAGUUCCCACACUUGCGAUGCAGAAGCAAUGCACUUGGAGCCCUCCUGAGAAUCCGCAGUGAAGCCACGGCAGCAAUCCACUCAUUCUUCCAGGAUAAUGGCUAUGUGCAUAUUCAUACUCCCAUAAUUACAUCAAACGACUGUGAAGGUGCUGGGGAACUCUUUCAAAUUGGGACAUCACAGGAGGCAAAAGAAUCUGUGGAAAAGAACCACUUCUUUAAUGUGCCCACCUUCCUUACAGUUUCUGGCCAGCUCCAUUUGGAAGCGAUGGCAGGGGCCUUUACUCGUGUGUUCACCUUUGGCCCCACAUUUCGAGCUGAGAACUCACAGAGUCGCCGGCACCUGGCAGAGUUCUACAUGGUGGAGGCUGAGCUGUCCUUCACUGAAAGCCUCCAAGACAUCAUGCAGGUUAUGGAACAUCUUUUCAAGACAGCAACAAGCACUGUGUUCUCCAAAUGCCCUCGUGAUGUUGAGCUUUUUCAUAAAUAUGUAGCUCCUGCACAGAAGGGCAGGUUGGAACAAAUGCUGAAGAACAAAUUUGUAAUAAUUUCCUACAAUGAAGCAGUGGAAAUUUUGAAACAGGCUUCUCAAACUUUCACUUUUAAGCCAGAGUGGGGCUGUGACCUCCAAACAGAACAUGAGAAGUACCUGGUGAAGCACUGUGGUGAGGUUCCUGUAUUUGUGAUUAACUACCCCUACGACCUCAAACCUUUCUACAUGCGGGACAAUGAAGAUGGACCUCAACAUACAGUUGCAGCUGUUGAUCUUCUAGUACCAGGAAUAGGGGAGUUGUGCGGAGGCAGCUUGAGAGAGGAGCGACUUCCCUUCUUGGAAUCACGCUUACAGAGAUUAGGACUCACAAAUGCCUACCAAUGGUACCUAGACCUGCGAAAAUUUGGCUCUGUUCCUCAUGGAGGCUUCGGGAUGGGGUUUGAACGCUACCUGCAGUACAUCCUGGGUGUUGACAAUAUCAAAGAUGUUAUUCCUUUCCCCAGGUUUCCUCACUCCUGUCUGCUGUAGCUCAGCAGUGUGAAAACUGCCCGUGUAAGCACAUGUAUAUAAUAUUGGCGUAUGACUGAGUGCAUUGUAGAGGAAAAUUGAGAGAAACGUUGUAUUGGGGAAGCUCUCAGUAAAUUGGAUACUGCCUUACUGAAAAUAAUAUAUGUUCCUGUGAGAUAAUAGAAGCAUGCUUGCAGUUAAUGUGAUAGCAGUUCACAUCUUUGGUGCAUUUUGGGAGCAUUAAUAAAUCCCACUUAACCAAAGAGUUAAGAUUCCCAUGAGCACAAACGAUGGGAGUCCCGAAUAAGUAUUGUUCAGAGGUAGUGGGGGUUUGAUGUGAAAUAUUCAUAAGGAGGUGUGACCUGAAAUGGACUGAGAGCCAGGUCUGUUGUGAGGCUUUAGUAGGCUUUAAUUAAAUGCCUGCACAGUGCUUUGAAGGUUGAGGAUUGUAAAAUUGCAGAGUAUUGUCACUGCUGUGAUGUACUUGCUCUUACGAAAUGACAACUGUCUAAAGCGUGGUUCUCCCCACCCUGAGUUAAAAGCAAAUAUUGUUUACGUUGGAAAAAUCAGCCAAACCUAGCAAGGAGAAAUGUCAUCCUGGAACUGCUGGAGUGAAUUAGGUGAACGAUGUUUGAUUUUGUGAAUCAUCAAUAAAGAUGUACACUGGGUUGUUUUGUAA